AAAGCUCAGAGAACCCAAAAGAGCAGCUCGCCGGCUCGCCGAAUGGCAACCUCCCCGAACCCCACGACGACUCACCGAGCCGGCGCCCAGUGACCCUUCCAGAAGCUUCCAGAAGGUCACCGCCAUGGCCGCGCCCUUCUUUUCCACUCCCUUCCAGCCCUACGUCUACCAGAGCCAGCAAGGAUCUGUGACGGCGUUUCAGAUAUCCGGUGGAGAUGUGCAGGUCCUGCAGGUGAUGCUGAAGUCUCAGGAGAAGCUGACUGCCAAACCAGGUACAAUGUGCUACAUGUCUGGGAACAUGCAGAUGGACAACAAUUACUUGCCUGAAAAUGAUGGAGGCGUGUGGCAGUGGAUUUUUGGGAAAAGUGUAAGCAGCACCGUUUUCUUUAAUUCUGGAUCUGAUGAUGGAUAUGUUGGGAUUGCUGCACCAUUUCCUGGGAGGAUACUGCCGGUAGAUCUAGCAAACUUUGGUGGAGAACUUCUUUGCCAGGCAGAUGCUUUUCUAUGUUCAGUCAAUGAAGUUUCAGUCUCUAGUACAGUUGAGCCAAGACCACGGAAUAUUGAGAUUGGUGCAGAGAUGAUCCUUAAACAAAAGCUUAGGGGCCAGGGGAUGGCUUUUCUUGUUGGCGGUGGAUCAGUCAUGCAGAAAAUCCUUGCACCCCGAGAGGUUAUUACUGUUGAUGCUGCUUGUAUUGUGGCUAUGACAACCACCAUUAACUUCCAGUUGAAGAACCCUAACCAGCUUAGAAGAGCAGUCUUUGGGGGUGAUAACCAGCUAACAACAUCUCUCACGGGACCAGGUGUUGUUUUCAUUCAGAGUCUGCCAUUCCAUCGACUCUCACAGCGGAUCGCCAGCAGUAGAUCAGUGGCGGGCCCAAGUUUGAGGGACAACCCGAAGUUCUUCAUCCAGAUUGUCAUGUUCUUCUUCCUGGCCUAUGUCAUGAUUGUAUCAUCCAUAAUUCUGACAGAUGUUUAGGCGGUUCAGCGAGCUUUUGAUGUAUUCCUAGACAAGUUAUCAAAGAGUUAAAGCUACCUCUCCAAUGUUAAUGUAGAUGUAAGAGAAGGAAUUUCACAAACUGUUGUUAGAAACCUUAGCCGAAAGUUCUUCAAUUUUUUUUUGUAACAGUUUGGAGGGAGAGCGGGUUUCUUCUUGGUUAGCGUGUAAAGAGUAAGACAGCAAAAUCAAGUUGCACAGCAUAUGGUGAAUAUACAGUAACUUAUCCUCCUCUAAACUGGUGCUCUGCGUUUUGAAUAGUUGAAUCGGUGAUUUGGUUGGAGACA